AUGUUUGGCUAUAGCAAAGAAGCAGUUCGAGUGAAAGUCAAGAAAUGCGAAGGAAAACUACAACCAGAAUUGCGAAAAUUCUCAGUGGAUCCCCAAAUAACUUCACUGGAAGUUUUACAAAGCAUUUUGGUGAAAGCAUUUGAUAUAAAAUCUGAUUUUACUUUAUCUUAUAGAACUGUAGAUGACUAUGGACAAGAAAUAUAUUUGCCUCUCUUAUCUGAUUGGGAUUUGGAUGCUGCUUUUCUUAAGGCUCAUAAUAUAGCUUUAACCCAAAGAUCAGAACCAUGUGUUCAGUUAAAAGUGGAUAUGAAGCCAUUUGCAGAGGCUUCAGAAGACUGGGAGCCACCUAUUAUAUCUACCCCAGUUACCCAAAACUGUAAAGAACAGCCUACUGUAAAUCCAGCAACACAAGUAGAAAAGCAAGAAACACAAACUGGCUUCCAAGGCUUAAUUAUGAACCAUGUAGAAAAGACUUUCAACAUGGUUUCAAGGGCUCUAAAUUUGUAUGAUGAUCCUAAUACUCCGCCAAGACCUCCUCUUAGUGAUAUUGAAUUUAGGGCCUUUUUAGAUGCAGUUGGUCAAAUUAAUAAUACAACUAAGCUAAGAGAAGUCAUCUAUUGUGGUGGAAUAGAACCCAGCUUGAGAAAAGUGGUUUGGAAGCAUAUUUUAAAUGUAUACCCAGAUGGAAUGACUGGUAAGGAAAGGAUGGACUAUAUUAAGAGAAAAGCAAAUGAAUAUUAUUCAUUGAGAGCUGAAUGGAAAGAUUGUAUUCAGAAAGGAAAGGUUAAUGCAGAUUUGGCUUAUGUAACGAGUAUGGUCCGUAAAGACGUGCUCCGGACAGACAGACAUCACAACUUCUAUGCAGGGAGUGAUGACAACCAAAAUAUUGCCUCUCUCUUUAAUAUUCUUACUACGUAUGCAUUAUAUCAUCCGACUGUAAGUUAUUGUCAAGGUAUGUCGGACUUAGCUUCUCCUCUAUUGGUAACAAUGGGCGAUGAAGCCCAUGCCUAUAUCUGUCUUUGCGCACUUAUGACUAGAUUAUAUCCCAAUUUUUUACUCGACGGCGAAGCCAUGACACUAAAAUUUUCCCAUUUAACUGAGUCUCUUCAAGUGUAUGAUCCGGAUUUCUACAAUUAUUUAAAAUCUCAGCAAGCAGACGAUUUGCUAUUUUGCUACAGAUGGCUUUUACUUGAAAUGAAGCGUGAGUUCGCUUUCGAUGAUGCCCUAAGAAUGUUAGAAGUUUUAUGGGCUUCAUUACCACAGAAAGCACCUGCCAUCGAAUUAUCUUUAAAAGAGAAAGAUUUCGACGGUACAGUAGAAAUUACUAUCGAUCCUCCGCCGCUCAGUCCAUUAGUAAAAGCACCGCGAGAAAAUGCCUAUACUAAAGUCUGUGCUAUAAGGCGACAAAGUUCGAGCUUCAGUCUAGCAAACGUUAAGGCACCUAAAUUAGCCACCACCAAACAAACUAAUCACAGUUUAGAUGAAAAUGCCGCUAGAAAAGCUUUAAACAAUUCUUCUCUUAAACACGCAAAAGAAUUUCAAAGUCUUGAUGACGCUGCUUUACGGACGCAGAAAGUAUCAAUAGAUAACGAAGAUAAUAACGAAAACGCAGCAGAAAUUACAUCGACAAUAAACAAAGAUAUUAAAAAUAAUUCAAGGAUGAAAAGUGUACCAGAACACGGAAAAGUGUCUGAGCUUCAAAACUCAACAACAGCUUGGCCAAAUACAGGAAGCCUUACAAAUGGAACUACACAAAAUGAUAUAAAAGAUAUUCCCUUAGGAAAUCAAAUUAGGUUACUGAGAGACAAAAUAUCCGUUCAUAAUAAGUAUUUCUCUUCUCUUGAUACGCUCGACGAUUCCAACGCUACCGAAGUUACAAAUAAACCCAAAGUUAGAAUGAUAAAAAACUUGAAUGAAUUUCUUAAUUUUGCUACUGGGAAUAAGAUUGCUAAUAUAAAACAUGAAAAACUUCAAAGAACUCAUUCUGCAAUUGAACGUAAAGAAGGCCCCAAAAUAACUCUCACCAAGACUUCUUACGAAGAAAAUGACUUGCAUUCCCUCACCUUAAAAACGCAAAUGAACAAAAUUUGUAAAAUGAGCUUUGAUACAAACGACGGUAGCAGUCCUGAUGAUUCACAAGAAUAUUACCCAAUGACAACGUCAAUGACUCGCGAGCUACGGUUGGAAGUAGAACAUUUAGAUCGCCAAGUUUUCGGCUUGUCAUAUGUGAACCGUUGCAGUAUGAUAUGUGAUUCACCCUCAGAUUCUACGAGCACUGAAGAUAAGCCAGAGUAUUUCACAGAAACAAAAGAAAAUUGCGGCAUCACUAACGCAGUCGAACUUCAUGUUGAUACGGUAAACGAGCCUGUUGAUAUCUUAAAAAGAUCACCGCUUUUAGACACCAUAAAAUCAAACGCAAGAAGUGCCGAAGAUAUAUAUUUGUGGGAAAACCCAUUACACAGAAAUACUCCAACGACCAGGACCACAGCGAGCUGCCCUCAAACUCCUGAUGAACAAGCAGAGUUAGAUUUUGAUGGCGAUACUGGUGAGAUAUUCGAGGAACAUUCUGGAAAAAAAUCCAUAACACCUAUUAGAUUAUUGAGAAAAAAUCAUUCCUUAGAACCUCAAGAAGUUUGCAAGAGGCCUUCAUCCAACACACAUUCCAGCGAAUCUGACUCAUCUGAAAGGGAUCCCCUUGAAUCUCUCAACACGAGUACCGUAAAAAGUACUAAGCUACAAGACGGUCCUAAUUCUAAAUCAAACAAAUUUUUUUCUAAUAUGUCCCAUGAACUCGAAAAUGCAAAAAAAAAUUGCGAAUCUCUUCUUAAUGUUAAACAAUCAAAUCUGCAAAGCGUCGCGUCUACUAUAAACAAUUUCCAAAAAAAGUAUGAAGUUUUUAAGCCGCCUGUACAGAAAAACCCUGCUGUUACUUCUGUUGGGAGUGACCACUCCGUUAAGAACAGUAUUGGUAGCCUUCCCUCGCCAUCGGUAUUCGGGGGCGGCAACCCGUUUUUAAUGUAUUUAUGUUUAACAGUAUUAUUACAGCAUAGAGAUUAUAUAAUGAGAAAUCGUAUGGAUUAUAAUGAGUUAGCGAUGCAUUUCGAUAAAAUGGUACGUAAACAUAACGUGAACAGGGUAUUGAAUCAAGCGCGGCAAAUGUAUGCUCUGUACUUGAAACACCAAGCUCAUAAGACUUGUGACGUUACUACU